AUGUCGUCUACGAACACGGCCGCGAAACUGCGCGCGUGUUUGCGCUGCCAGUAUGCGCAAAGUGCGCGCGAGUUUCACUCAAAAGGAUGCCCAAACUGCCAGAAUGUGCUGGAUAUGCAAGGGAGCCAAGAACGUGUCGCAGAUUGCACUACCUCCAACUUUGACGGACUUAUCUGCAUGCUUCAGCCCGAGGAGAGCUGGGUCGCAAAAUGGCAGCGAAUCGAAAAACGCAUGGUGGGAUUGUACGCUGUCAAGGUCGUGGGUCACCUGCCGGAGGGGUACGAAUAG